GCAGCCAUGGACGCCGUCGACUCCGUGGUGGACCCCCUCCGCGAGUUCGCCAAGGAUAGCGUCCGCCUCGUCAAGCGCUGCCACAAGCCCGACCGCAAGGAGUUCACCAAGGUGGCGGCGCGGACGGCGAUCGGGUUCGUCGUCAUGGGGUUCGUCGGCUUCUUCGUCAAGCUCAUCUUCAUCCCCAUCAACAACAUCAUCGUCAGCUCCGGCUAGAUGGCAAGCACCAUUUUGUUGGUUCCUGUCUUGCCAAUGUCUACAGCAAUGUGUGUGUCCU